AUGGUAAAAAAUUAUCCACCACCUCAGAUUAGCAAUGAUACAGUUAGAAAAUAUGUCAAUAAGAUCAGAUUUACUUUGAAGCAAUUAGUAACUAUACCUCAUAAACAUAAUACUUCUAAUAAAAUCCUGGAUAGAAAAAGAUAUGUUGAAAAAAUUCAUCAAAAAGUUAUUGACAUGUUGAAAGAUGCAAUUUAUAUUGAUGAAACUGGAUUUAAUUUGCACUUAUCUUCUUCUCAUGGCCAUUCACUUCAGGGACAACCUGCAGUUCAAGUGGUAGAAACACAAAAAGGAAAAAAUAUUACAGUUAUUGCAGCAAUCAACAAAAAUGGUGUUUUAAAUUACACUGCAUAUUUGGGAUCAGCUAAUGCUGAUACUUUUGCUGAAUUCAUUCAAGAGCUUAUUUUCUUAGUUCCUAUAAAUAAAAAAAAAUUUUUAAUUAUAGAUAAUGCAGUGAUCCAUUAA